UGGAGGAUUUCAUGGUGGUGUCAAAUUUAAUAAUUUUGUAAGAUCCAUCUUUAGCGGUCAAAGCAUUUCUCUUUUUCUCUGACUGCAGGCUCUAUAACGUGUACUCUCAUAAAUCUUUUAAGUAAUAAAUCCAUUCGUCUCACCUCAGAGGUUCGUGGUCGUAGACUAUAAAAAGUGUAAUACAAUACAUCUCUUACUUACCAAAUUGUAUCGACUGUAGGCGGAACUCUACUAGUAAGAGGUAUUCAUCUUCGGAAUCGUUUGAGGACACGUUACCGGUUUCAACGUUCCACCUCAGGAAAAUUAAAGAAAACGUCAGGUUCCCCGGAGCUCAAAUGGAUUUCAAAAUGCAUGAAUAUACUCACGCCAUUGUUGGAAAAGUGACUCCAGCGUUACGUUUGACGGACAAAGCUGAUUUAAAUGAUGCCCGCCGGCAAUUUGACUGCUACCUAAGAUUACUUAAGGAAUUAAAUGUGGAAGUAUUAGAAUUGGAUAUUGGUAGCUCUUUUCCUGACAACAUUUUUUUGGAAGACGUUGCGAUUGUAUGCCAUGGUAUAGCAUUGCUGCCAAAAGCUUCAUCUACAGAGGAGGAAAUAAAGAUGAAAGCUAUCAAGGAGGUUUUAUCCAAAGAACUUGGCCAGACUGUUAUCGAAGUAAAUGAUCCUGAUGCUAAAUUAGUUGGCUCUGAUGUGCUUUUCACAGGCCAGGAGUUCUUUGUUGGAAUCUGUGAAACCAGCAACGAAGCAGGUGCCAGUGCUGUAGCUGAAGCAUUUCCAGAGUUUCCAUGCACUCCUAUUAAGAUGGCAAAAGGGACGCGCAGUUUGAAAAAGUAUAUUACUGUGGCCGGCCCAGAAAUUCUCUGCGUUGGCGCAAGUAAAGAAGCUAAAGAGAUCCUUAAGAGAAUGGAAAGGGAAGCUACAUUCUCUUAUCAAACCUUGACCGUUCCUGAGGACGAAGCAGCCAACUGUCUCUAUAUAAACGGAACUUUAAUUCACAGGGCAAUAGAAGAGAUUCCCGAUUCAUUUAAGGUGUUUUGCGAGAAGAUUGAUUUUGCUCGAAGAUCGAUUUGUUUCUCUGAGUUGGCCAAGAUCUCCACUGGACUGAGUGCAUGCUGUUUGUUGGUAAGGAAGACUUAAACAACAAACUGAAGUAUUAAAUCUACAGUUUUAGUUGUUGAUUAUUCUAAAUGGCAGAGGUAACAGCCGAUGUGUUCAAAAACAAUACCAUUGCUUAUUGUUAAAUAAUAAAUAAAUAUGCUUAUAAAAUGUAUUAAAUGAGAUCUUUUUUAAAAGUAUUUUAUCUCGAAAAUAAUUAAAAGCGUUCAAAACUAACUUAAAUAACAAAACAUGACCUCAAUAUCUACAAUAUUAUUUGUAAGUUGUCAUAAAUGCUUAAUUGAAAACUUUACUCUUUAUAGAUUCUAUUAAUGUUAUUUCUAUUUGUCUCUUAUUUUCAAGCAAGAUGGAAUGCUAUUGCUACUUUUUGCAAAGGACAUUAUUAUCAUAGGGUCAUCUUUAAAAUAUGCACAGCCAAUUAAGCCGCUGAGUGUCACACAAUAUGAACAAUUUAGGUUAUUAAUAAUAUGUUAAAAAGACUAUUUAAGUAUUACAAAGGUUAAUUUUUGAAUGCAAAAUGUAUAAAUGCUUUAUACAUGGACAGACAUGGCAUGGGGUUUUUACUAAAAAAAUAUAUAAAAACCCUUGUUAUAAAAUACAAAGGACAAUAAAUAACACCGGCAGACACGCACAUUAUGGAAGUAUGCUACCUGUGAAACAAUAAAAUUAAUUUAUUUAACUUAUUGUAAUUAUAUUUUAUUAUAAUUAAAAAAUAUGGAAUCACUAAUCGUACAAAAGCAGCAGGACGAGCUAGUCUUUUUAAAUAUUAUUUAUGAAAAGUAUAAACAUAAUUUAUUAUUAUUAUACAGUAGCUUUAAAUUAUAUGUAUAAUCAAGUAUGAAAAACUUAUAAAAUAACCCGAUGUAGUUUUUAAAAUUGUACCUGCGUACCUUCCUUCACUGUACUUUGCAAUAUCGUUUUCGAUUUCUGCAAAAGGUACCUGUAGUAAAAAUGUGUAUAUGUUUAUAAUAUGAUAAAAUAUUUGAGGUUGUAAUACUCUAUAAUAACUAUUCUGUAAGUUGCUAUUGAUAUUGUAUUUAUACCUUUCUAUGUUUGGUAAUAUAAGUAUUUCAGGGUAAGAAAAAUACUGUAAAAACACGAGCACGGGUCACUUCUGUUAAUACCUUGACAGUAUGUAUCUCCAUAGAUAAGAAUAAAUACUUUGUUGUCUCUCUUUUUCUCUUUACAUAAAGUGUAAAAGAGAAAGAUAUACUGUCACGGUGACAAGAAGUGACCUACUCAGCCUAAUGAUGCAUUCCCCAAUUAUAUUAUUCCACCAGUAUACACGCAUUCCAAUUUUCUCUAACUAUUUGAUCUUUUAACAAUGUCUUAUUGACUCUUAUUGACAAACAAUUAAAUUAUACUUUUUAUUAUCAGGAAAAUACCAGGCCAAAAUAUUUCUGAAACUAAAAAUACGGGUGAUUGCCGUUAUAUUGGACUAAGCAAUAUUAAAUAACUCUCUGUAAAGUGACAUCAUUAUUAAUUUUCAAUUUUAUUCAGCCUUUGAAUGAAAUGAUACUAGUUAAAAAACCCUUUGUCCUCUCUUGCGGCAGAACAUUGCAGUAAUACAUACUUAACCUACAAAUUAUUAUUUUAGUCACGAUAUACUUAAAUAAAGUAUGCGUUAGAUGAAAAAUUUGGAGAGCGGAGUUAUCAUGUUAUCAUUGCCUCAAUAAAAUACCGCUCCGUGAGUUUAUUUUUUUUUCUCGCAGUCAGCAAUUUCAUUUAAUAUUUAAAGAGUGACGUCUUAUUUAUAAGAGCACUAGCUAUUGCCCGCGGUUUCUCCCGCGUGAAAUUCAGUUUGCCACAGAUCGUUUUAAGUUAUAAUACGUUAUUAUAAUGUAUUCUACUAAUAGUUUAAACGCAAAAGUUUACGCCCCCAAAUAAUUUUCCAUUGUUCUGUUUAAGAGGCGAGGAUAAUUUUGAUUUUUAACUAACAGGCCAACAUAAUCUUCUUUAUCAACAAGAUUGUUAUCAAAAUCCAUUUUGUCGUUUAUGCGUGAAAUAGUAACAAAAAAUACAUAGGUACAUUACAAUCGUACAAACUUACUCGUUCAUAAUAAUAAUAGUAGGAAAUAAAAUAUCUCAGACUGAUACUUCAGAGCGAGAGCUAAUUAUUUUUAUUUAGCUUUUUGGCUAAUAUUAUUAUUAAUGUCAAACACAUAAUCUCAACAAUGUUGUUAAGUAAACUAAGUUUACAAAGUUAAUAAGUGGUUAAACCUAAGGUUUCGUAAGUAAUAAUAAUGAAAUGUAAACUAAACGCUUAAAAAGUACUUUUUUGUAGAUCGUAUUAUUAUUCGCACUGUGUAGUUGUUUAUUUAAUGAGCAUUCCUUGAAAAUGUAUGUAAUCGUGUAUUAUUAGUAUUUAAACUACUUAUUGUAUUGCUGUUGCGUGUAUUAUUCGAUUAAUAAUAAUAAUACCUAUAAAGUGAUGUCUUGUAAUCAUUGUGUAGUGACGAGUUUGUAAAUCUCUCUACGUUUUCUAGAUACAGUUACCUUUAUUUAAUUAUUACUCACAAAAAAUAUUACUAAAAAAUGUAGGUUAUCUUAAUUUUGUAACGAGUGAACAACAUCCUUGUAAGUGAUUGUGAGCUUAGUGAAGGAUUAUACCAAACGUCAUUACUAGCGAAAAAAAAUUUAUUAUACUAAAUGUAUGACAGAUUGUACAGCGUCCCUAGCGGAUACUUUGAAGAACUAAAAUCUUCGUAGACUUUGAAGAACUAAAAUCUUCGUAGAUUUUUUAUGCACUCGCUAGCGAUAACGUUCAAUACAAACUCGC